GGUGACGCCAACUGUGCUCCGGUCUGUCUGAUUCCGGAGAAAGAUCCUUAAAAAUCCUUCCUGUUUUUGCUUUUUUGGAGCUCCCCUGUCCCACUGUUGGGAAAAGUUUGAAUUUUUCUUGUUCCUCCUUUUAUUUGCUGUUGCUCGAUCCGAAGAGGUUGGGUUUGCGUUAUUUCGGAGCGAAGAUGUUGGGCUCGCCGCUGGAUUCCGAUGGCGAGAUCGUCCAGGAAGCGUUGAACUCUAUGAGCAGCGGCGGCGGCAGCUGUGACGAACGCCGCAGUAGCUUCUCCCGCGUCUCCUACGACGCCGCGUCCAUGGCGGCAAUCGAACUCUCCUUCGGGGACCUCAACUGCGGCACCUUCGCCUCCAAGCCCCAUCGGUCGUUGGACCCCGCCUGGGCGGCCAUUCGAUCGCGUACCUCCGCCGGUGGAGCCCGCCCCUCGGACCUCGGCCACCGGGACUUCGAGCUCGUUCGCCGUAUCGGAAGGGGCAACAUGGGCACCGUCUACCUGUGCCGCCUCCGCGGGGAAGCCUCGCAGUGCAUGUACGCUAUGAAGGUGAUUGACAAGCUGGCGCUGGCUAAGAAGAAGAAGAAGCUGGAGAGUGCAGCGACAGAGAGGAGGAUCCUGCGUGUCCUCGACCACCCCUUCCUCCCCACCCUCUACGCCGCCUUCGACAAGCCCCCACGUUACUCCUGUCUGGUGAUGGAGUACUGCAGCGGCGGCGACCUCCACACCCUCCGCCUCCGCCAGCCCCACCUCCGCUUCUCGGUUUCCGCCACCAGGUUCUACGCGGCGGAGGUGCUGCUCGCGCUGGAGUACCUCCACAUGCUCGGCAUCGUCUACCGCGACCUCAAGCCUGAGAACAUCCUCAUCCGAGCCGACGGCCACAUCAUGCUCACCGACUUCGACCUCUCCCUCGUGUCCACCGCCUCCCCGACCCUAGAGCCCCUCACCGCCGGCGAACAGGCCGCCGAACUUCACCACCAUCACCGCGUCGGGCCCUCCUGCCUCCCCUUCCGGGCACGGCGGUUGUUCCGCCGUAUCUUGAAGCCGGACCGGAGGUUUGUGGCGGAGCCGGUGGUCGCCCGGUCGAGCUCCUUCGUCGGCACGCACGAGUACGUCGCGCCGGAGGUCGCGGGCGGCGGUUCCCACGGCAGCGCCGUCGACUGGUGGGCCUACGGCGUCCUCCUCUACGAGCUGCUCUACGGCCGCACCCCCUUCGCGGGGGAGACCCACAAGGCCACGCUCCGCAACAUCGUGACGGAGCCCCUGGUCUUCCCUCCGCCCUCGAGCCCCUCGUCCUGGUCGUCGUAUUCGGCCGCGAGGGACCUGAUCGCUCACCUGCUCGACAAGGACCCGGAGGCGCGGCUCGGUUCGCGACGGGGCGCGGCCGACGUCAAAGAGCACGCCUUCUUCAGGGACCUAAACUUCGCCCUCAUGCGCUCCCACCGGCCCCCGACGGUCCCGGUUCGACACGGUCCAAACAGCACCUGAACCGCCCCGGGUUCGAUUACUUAUAAUCGACAGAUUCACCGGAACUAUGACUGCAGAGGUCGAACGUUUAGAAACCAUAGGUGGGUUGACUAAUCGACUGCAUUCAUUGGAAGCACAUUCCACCAACACUACUUCUUUACGAUUGCAUGUUUCCUGUUCAGCAUGCGUAAUGUGAGUGUUUCGAAGAGAAGAAAGAACAAGCAAAUGGUGAUAUGUUCUUGCAGACAUCUUGUUGAUUUAAUGUCAGGCUUUCUUGUUGAUUCAACGUAAGCGAUUAUGAAUGACGUGGAGAGAAGAUUCUGCUGGCAGUUCUUCUUUCCUAAGUCGCCAUU